UCCUCCGCGAGUCAGCCUCGAGGAGAGAUCGCCGAUGCUUUUUUGUUCUCGUUCUCCAUCGGAUCAACAUACUCAUUUAGCCCGACGAUCAGGAAAUCGAAAACUCUACGACGCUUCAACACUUAGGAUCCGGUUCCUAAGGCACGCCAUCUUGUAGGGUCGAACAGAUGUCGCCGAUGCUCUUUUGUUCCCCUCCGACCUUCGGUUCGCCAAGCUUUCCGCCGCCGAUAGUCAGAACAACCAAGAUGGCCACGGCGACGAAAGAGGUGAUGAAUCCUCCCCUGAAGAAAUACGGCUCCGUCGUCCUCACGCUCGAAAAUGUCCUCCUGCCGCCGGAGAAGCUGUCGCCGAGUCCUUCCCAGUUGGACGGCCUGGACUCGGAGAUCGAAAUGGACCUGAGGAUCCUGGGAUGCGAGCUCAUUCAAACGGGAGGGAUCCUGCUGAAGUUACCUCAGCCAGAAGGUGCAGGGAAAACUCUUGGAUAAUUGUUUGUGAAGUGAGAGUAGCCAUUGGAGGCCAGUUCUCUCUUUCUCUGCCCAACAACCUUGGGGGCGGUUGGGCACUCCUGGGAAUCCACUAACAUCACCGCAUGAACCGAAAAUCUUCCAGACCCCUGGUUAUUUUCCAUCCGAUCGCCAUGGACAGAGUCGCCUUGUAGUGGCCAUGGCUGCAGGUCAGGUGCUGUUCCAAAGAUUUUAUUAUGCCAAGUCCAUGGUGCGGUACCCAAUGGAAACGACUGCCAUGGCCUGCAUCGCCCUGGCAUCCAAGAUUGAAGAAGCCCCACGUAAGAUCAGGGAUGUCAUCAAUGUUUUCAACCACGUCAGACAAGUGAAGAACGGAAAGACCAUCCAGCCAGUGAUCCUUGACAGUAAUUAUAUCGCACUGAAAAACCAGGUGAUCAAAGCAGAGCGUCGCUUGCUGAAAGAACUGGGAUUCUGCUGCCACGUCAAGCAUCCUCACAAGAUCAUUAUCAUGUACCUGCGUCUGCUGGAGGCGGAUAACAACCGCCAGCUGGCUCAAACCUCAUGGAAUUACAUGAAUGAUGCGCUGAGGACGGAUGUUUUUGUGCGUUACUGCCCCGAGACCAUAGCGUGUGCUUGCAUAUGGUUGGCAGCGCGGUUACUAAAGGUGCCUCUCCCAGAACACCCUCCCUGGUACCUGGUUCUGCAAGCUACACAAGAGAGCAUUGAAGACAUUGCUGCUUCUAUACUCAAGUUGUACACCAGAAAGAAGGUCAAACUAGAGGCCCUUGAACAGAAGGUAGAAGAGAUUAGAAGAGAGCAGCAGGAAGCUCGUCUAAGAAGCAAAGCAGUUGCUUCCUUAACUACUCCUCAGGCCAAUGCUACAUUUAGCCCAGCAUCUAGAAAUAACACGCCCAACAAGACAGUCACGUCACCUACAAGAAAACGUUCUUCCUCACCUGACAGAAACUCCGGCAGGAAGCGAAGUGGAAGCAGUGCAAGCCGAUCUAGAAGUCGCAGUCGCAGCCACUCACGCUCGUCCCACCGGCGUUCGAGGAAGAAGCAGCGCCGCGACUCCCGGUCCUCGCGCUCCCACUCCAGGUCCAGGUCCAGGUCGAGAACCAGGUCACGCUCCCACUCCCGCGACAGACACAGAGGCAGCAAGAAGUACUCGAGAACCCCCUCACCCAACGUCACACCACCCCCUCGCUUCACAAAGAAUAAAGACAAAGGACCUAUUGUGAGAUCUAGAUCAAGGUCACACACUCGGUCCCCGCAAAGGAACUACGAGAAGUACGACAGAUUUGAGAAGUAUGACAAGGUUGAGAGAUAUUCCUCAAAGAGUGACAGAUAUGAGAAAAACGACAGAUAUGUGAGGGACGAGAAAGUGAGUAAGUACGAGGCCAAGGAGAAGAGCGACAAAUACUCAAGCAAGUACAGCAGUAAGUUUGACCGGUAUGAAGUUGACAAGAAAAAGUACGACAGGGACGAGAACAAAAAAUAUUACGACAAUGGCUUCGGCAAGCCUCACAAAGCCAAAAAGAAUGGGCGUCACAGAUCGCGAUCGCGGGACAGACGACGAUAGCUAUACCUCACACGUGUUUGAUGCUGCGGCUCGUGUAGGUGCACGCUCCAACCCAGGGACAUUAUAAGAAAUACCUUUAAGUUUUCACAAACCGUUCAUUUUAUUUGCAUAAUUGAAAAGUCCAAGCAUGAGUGUAGAGGUUUGUGUUUUGUGUGUUUGUACAUCCAGGCAUUUGAUUUAGCAAUCAUAAACAAUAUAUUUUUUAUUUCUUUUAUUUUAUAUAUACAGUGGAAUAAGAUACUGAUACAAACAACCAAAAAAAAAAAAAAAAAAAAAACUUUAUGAAAAAUAAAAGACAAGAAAAAAAUGCAUGUACACAAGAAAUAUGCUACUAAGUACUCAUUGGCAUCAUCUCAAUUUUCAAGACAUAUCUUUAAGAUUUUUUUUUCUUUUUUUUUUCUUUUUUCCUCCUUUUUCUCUCUCUUUUUCCACCUUAGCUUGUACACCCAUUUUGGGGGGAAAUUUUUCAUUCUUGAUGUGUGUACCAGUGAAGCAGGAUAGAAAAAAAAAUGGGAAAAAAAACAUAUAAAAAAAAAAUCAGUAUGUGUGUACAGUCUGUUAUUAGGAUGUAGAUGAGAUUAUAUGACUGAGUGUAUGAAUAACACAAAUAAUUAUAUUUAAAGUAUUUUCUAUGACUUCUCAAUAUGAUUUUAAGUUUGGAUAUUCAACUGUGAUGUGUAUAUACUAUUGAAAACUUUGUCAAGUAACUACAUUUAUUUCCUCCGAGGAACAUAAUUCAUAUGUAUAUUCACAUUUUAUGUAGUAGAAAAAAAUAAAAUAUUUUAUUAC